UGCGCUAAUCAUGUUCGGAACUGGAUUGAACAUGACAUCGUUCUUUUGAGUGUCGGAACUAGUUCCAGUAAACAUGUUCGCGGAACUGUUUAGUUUCACGAACAUGUUAAGUCUAGUAGCUGUUUGUAGUUUGUAGCUGUUUAGUUCCGCGGACAUAUUAAGUCUAGUAGCUGUUUGAAGCUGUUUAGUUCCGCGGACAUGUUAAGUCUAGUAGCUGUUUGUAGUGUAGCGAAUCACGUAUUAAGUUAUUAUUAAUUACACAAUAUUUUUCAAAAAAGGUAUUAAAAAUACAAUUUUUUAAAAGCACUAUAUAAAAAUAGAUUGCCGCUUAUGGCAAUUAUUAUUGUAAUUAUUAUUUUGUAAGGUUUUUAGUUUUAGGUUCAUUGUUACAGCUGGUUGCAUAAUUUAUUAAUGUACUGUAAUUACUUUGUCAUAAUUUCAACUACUCUACUACUUUCAUUAUUUUUCAAUGUAGGUAUUGUACGAUGCACCGGAAACUAUAACCUAUCAGUUGUUAAUUAAAAUACCACGUUAUUCUGAUAUACAACGUAAAUUAAGCUCGUUGUAGCCUUACAACCUUUUUCCCAUAACCGAGAUACCGAAUAGCGAAAGUGGUGAAUGUUUUAAAAUUCUCGAAUUUUGAAUUAUGAUUUUCUAAGAAAUGGUCCACAAACACUUAAGGUUAAGUGCUCGUAGGAAUGAUGCAUGGUCAAGGUCAAAAUCCAUAGCAAAACAUUUUAAUUUAUUCAACUAUCGACUGUAACACGUAGGUCGUAGAGCAUAACUUCAAUAUUAAUAAAAAUGUAAUAUGAAAGAGCUCCACACGCAGUUUCAUGCACUCGCUCCAUCUCACUCUCUCGUAUUCGUGCCAUAUGUCGCCUUAUCUCUUUACGUGGACUCGUGUCGUUUCGAGACUCGUUCGGGUGGACUCGCCGCGCCACGCCUCCGCGCCGCGCGGUACCUAUGCUCUAAUCAUGUCCGCAUGUCCGUCAUGUUCAACGCGUUCGUAGUUCCUGCAUAACAGUACACUUGGAAUGGAAAUGGAACUGUCUGAACAUGUUAAUUUUGACAACUCGGAUUGAAUGAUAUAGUUCCAUAUGAGGACAUAGUUCCAGGAACUAUUUAGGUCCGGAACUACGCAUGUCUACUCUCUAAUAUAUUAAGUGUAUAAUCUAUGAUGUAGUCGUAGUGUAAACUUUCAACUAGAUAUUGAUAGUCGUUUAGCUAUAGAUUAUUAGUUAAAAUGAAGAAAUAAAAAUCAUUAGUCUGAAAACCGUUAUUGUGUGAUGAGACCAGAAGUGCAUUUGGGUAUUAGAAUACCUGAUAAAUAGGACUCGAAGAUAACUCAGAUGUUAUAAAAUGAUGGCCUUAGAAAAAUUACAACUACUUAUUUGGAAAAAUGUCCUUCUACAAUACAGACGCAAAUGGCAGACAUUAUUUGAAAUAGCAACUCCUAUAUUUUUUUGCUUUUUUCUAAUACUUAUGAGAUAUUUAGUGCCGCCCAAAGCAAUACCGGCUAAAACUUACACAUCCUUUGAUGUCACCUAUUUCAAUAAGACAAGGGGAAAUCUGUCAUCAGCUGACAUGGUAUUGGCAUACUCACCAAUAAAUCAAUUGACUGAAAAAGUUGCAAUCAAUGCUAUGGCUGAACUUGCUCGAGAUUCAAUUGAUCCUGAUAUAUUUUUUUUUAUAUCACUUGCAAUUUCAUACACUCCUAAAGGAUAUAAAAAUGCCAAAGAUAUGGAAGCAGCACUAAUACAGCCCAAUGCUAUGAAUAGCAUUUUGCUUGGUAUACAAUUUGAUGAUGAAAUCGCUAAUGCUACGUCUUGGCCAGAUGAUAUAAAAAUAACUUUUAGGUUUCCUGCUGUUAUGAGAUCGACAACGUCUGAUCAUCAAAUGCAAUUGAGCUGGCAAACAAACUUACUAUUUCCAUUGUUUCCGAAUUCUGGUCCACGAGAACCAGAUGAUCAAUAUGGAGGAACUUCGCCAGGUUACUUCUCGGAACUAUUCUUGUUCAUGCAGCACGCAAUUUCCAAAAGCAUCGUAAAAGAGAAGACCGGGAAAAACAUUGAUACCAAAAUAUAUCUACAGCGUUUACCUCAACUUGAAUCUAGGGUGGAUCAGCUACUGUUCAUUUUACAAAGAUUUGUAUCCAUAGCUAUAAUGCUGGGCUUCGUCUAUACAUUCGUGAAUACAGUCAGGGCUGUCACAACUGAGAAAGAACUGCAGCUAAAGGAAACAAUGGCAAUUAUGGGUCUACCGUCUUGGCUGCACUGGUUAGCGUGGUUCAUCAAACAAUUUUCAUUCUUACUUGUGACUAUUGUCAUAAUGGUUAUAUUGUUUAAGAUUCCGUUAUCCGAAACUGAAACAGGAGUGUCGUACUCCGUGUUCACCUACACGCCGUGGUCGGUCCUUUUAUUCUUUUUGAUUCUAUUCGUCAUUGCAUCAUUGACAUUCUCUUUUAUGAUAAGCGUUUUCUUCACUAGAGCAAACACCGCCGCGUCUUUUAUGGCUCUCAUAUGGUUCGCAACGUUCGCAGUCUUUAUGUUCACCCAAAUGAUUAACGAGACCAUGUCUGCCCCAGUUAAAAUAACACUAUGUUUGUUAUCAAACACUGCCAUUGGAUACGCAUUCCAGAUGAUUAUCAUUGCCGAAGGAACGAUGCAAGGUUUACAAUGGGCCAAUUUCUUUGAGCCGAUAUCGUACAGUGAAAACUUUCAACCGGCUCAUGUAGCCUUCAUGCUAAUAUUGGACUCCGUGAUGUACAUGGCGAUCGCCGUGUAUGUGGAGAACAUACGACCCGGAAUGUACGGAGUGCCGUUGCCUUGGUACUAUCCUUUCACUGUUAGUUAUUGGUGGCCGAACAGAAUAUCUGACACAAAUCGAGAGAAAACAUCUGACGAUCUUGAAUAUAAUGAUGCAUUAUUGUCGGUGGUACACGACGAGGAACCCAAAGGCGUUCCCAUUGGCGUAAACAUUCAAAAUCUCACAAAAAGAUAUAAGGGACGGGGGAAAGCUGUCGAUAAUUUAAAUCUUAGACUUUAUGAAAACGAGAUUACAGUACUUCUGGGUCACAAUGGAGCGGGGAAAACGACAACGAUUUCUAUGUUAACAGGAAUGGUCCCUCCAACAUCAGGAUCGGUAACGAUCAAUGGAUAUGAUAUCGUGACGGAAACGGAAAAAGCUAGACGUUCUCUUGGAAUAUGUCCUCAACAUAAUGUACUGUUCCCUGACCUGACCGUAGCUGAACAUUUAAUUUUUUAUUCAAAGCUAAAGGGGAUUCCCGAAUCAGAAAUCAAUGAAGAAAUAGAUCAUUUCGUCAAACUUCUCGAAUUGGAUGACAAGAGGCACGCGGCGGCAUCGAGUCUGUCGGGCGGGCAGAAGCGGCGGCUGUCGGCGGGCUGCGCGCUGUGCGGGCGCUCGCGCGUGGUGCUGCUGGACGAGCCCACGUCGGGCCUGGACCCGGCGGCGCGGCGCGCGCUGUGGGACCUGCUGCAGCGCGAGAAGCGCGGCCGCACCGUGCUGCUGACCACGCACUUCAUGGACGAGGCGGACGUGCUGGCCGACCGCGUGGCCGUGCUCGCCGCCGGCCGCCUGGCCUGUCUGGGCUCCCCCUACUUCCUCAAGCGCCACUACGGACUCGGCUACAAGCUCGCGCUCGUCAAGGACGCCGCCUGCCAAGUCGAUCUUGUCACGGAAUUCUUCAAAACAUAUGUCCCUAAUCUCAAGCAAAAUUCAAAUAUCGGCUCAGAAUUAACUUACAUUUUACCUAGUGAGAGUGUAAGUAAAUUUCCCGAAAUGCUCAAAAAACUUGAAGAAAAGAAAGAGUCUUUAUGUAUAUCAAGCUACGGGUUAUCAGUGACUAGCCUUGAGGAAGUUUUUAUGAAAGCUGGAAUCGAAGAUAACAAUGUUGAAAUAAAAGAAACUAAAGGAGAUAUCGAAAUGAUUGAUAUGAAUGGGGACAUGUUGAAGGACAAUGAGCCUUUACAUAAAACGCAAGGGUUUCAUUUACUGAAGAAUCACAUAAAAGCUAUGUUCUUGAAACUGAUGUACAACACAUUGAGAAAUAAGGCACUCGCUGCGAUACAAAUAAUAUGGCCAAUAAUAAACAUUAUUUUAUCGAUGAUAGUUUCACUAUCUUGGAAAUUCUUGAAUGUAUUGCCCCCGCUUGAACUAAGCCUGGAGAGUGGAUUUAAAGGAACCGAGACAUUAGUAUCGCAAGGUAACGAUUUGAGAGACGGCAGUACUGAAGCUAAUGUCAUGAUGGCAUACAAAGAUUAUUUCAAACGAUCAACGUACCCCGGCUUGAAGUUAUUGGAUGUCGGAACUUCUAACUUAAAAAACGUCUAUUUGAAACUUAUCGCAGAAGAUCAAUCUCGAGUACGAUAUGAAGAUCUAGUGGGAGCUACAUUUCGUAAUAACAGCAUAACAGCCUGGUUCAGUAACUACGGUCUUCAUGAUUCUGCUAUCUCGCUUUCACUAGUCGAGAACGCAAUAAUUCGUUCUCUGUCACCCAAUACAACUUUGACAUUUGUCAACCAUCCGCUACCAUAUUCAGUUGAAGGAAUGGUUCAAGUAAUGUCUACCGGAACAAACACCGCCUUCAUGUUUUCUUUUAGCCUGGGAUUUUGUAUAGCGGUUAUAAGCUCUUUUCUGGUUCUCUUUGUAAUUAAAGAGCGCAUCAGCGGUGCGAAACUUCUCCAAAGAGUAUCAGGAGUGCGACCGGUAGUAAUGUGGAGUACUGCCCUCAUUUGGGAUUGGAUUUGGUUGUUUCUGAACCACAUUUGCAUUAUAGUCACUAUUGCGUGCUUCCAAGAAAUGGGAAUGUCGACGCCUGCUGAACUUGGUCGAAUUUUAUUAGUUCUGAUGGUGUUUUCAUUGGCAAUUAUACCGUUGCACUACCUCGCAUCGUUCUGUUUCGAAGAAGCCGCCACCGGUUUCAGUAAAAUGGUGUUUGUAAAUAUAUUUUGUGGUUCAAUGUUGUUCCUUGUCACUGAAGUAUUACGGAUGCCUUUCAUAAAUGCUGCUGCUUACGCAGAAAUACUUGAGUAUCCAUUUUCAUUGUUACCAAUCUACUGUGUCAGCAAGAGUGUCAGGGAAAUGGUGACAUCUUCAAUAAAGAUUAAAGCCUGCGACAGCUUAUGCAACCAAUUAAAUUAUAAAAAUUGCACACGACUAACUAUAUGCAAUGAACUAGACAUAUCCAUGUGUUGUAUUGAGGAUAAUCCAUUUUUAGGGUGGAAGGAACCGGGUAUUGCAAGAUAUCUAUUUACUAUGAUAGUUGUAGCGACUGUGUCAUUUGCAAUAUUGCUAGCCAAGGAAUACGAACUUUGGAACAAGGUCUUGUACAAGAAACAAGAAGAGACUAUGAUGUUAUCUGGUACAAAACCAAAAUCUAAUGAGAGUAAAAAGGUUGAAGUAAAUGCAGAAGUUGAAGAUGAUGAUGUUGUGGAGGAAAAACAGCGUGUUCUAGCAAUGACAAGUAGUGAGGUCACCGCACACAGCCUCGUGUGUCGCGAGCUGAGCAAGCGCUACCGGCGCCUCGUAGCCGUCGACCGACUCACGUUCGCGGUGCGCGGCGGAGAGUGCUUCGGCCUGCUCGGAGUCAACGGCGCCGGCAAGACCAGCACCUUCCGCAUGCUGACCGGCGACGCACGCGUGUCGGACGGCGACGCGCUCGUGCACGGACACUCCGUGCGAGCACACGUGCAGGACGUGCACCGCCUCAUUGGUUACUGCCCCCAAUUCGAUGCACUGUUUGACAAUUUAACCGCAAGGGAGAUAUUGAAGAUUUUCUGUUUGCUGCGUGGCAUUCCUACGUCAAUAGGCGAAACUCAUGCCAUUCAUCUUGCUAAACAAUUGGGAUUCAUAAAGCACUAUGACAAGAAGGUUCGGGAAUGUAGUGGUGGAACAAAACGUAAAAUCAGUACAGCGGUCGCGUUGCUCGGUGAUUACCCAGUUAUAUUCCUGGAUGAGCCUACGACAGGCAUGGAUCCGGCGUCGAAGCGGCUCGUGUGGCGCGGCAUCAGCAGCGCGGUGGGCGGCGGGCGCAGCGUGGUGCUGACGUCACACAGCAUGGAGGAGUGCGAGGCUCUCUGCUCCAAGCUCACCGUCAUGGUCAACGGCAGGCUCUGCUGUCUCGGCUCGCUGCAACAUCUCAAGAGCAAAUUCUCACAGGGAUACACAAUAAUCGUGAAAUGUAAAUCGGGUCCAAAUCGAGACGCAGCAGUGCUAGACGUCCACAACUAUAUGACUACAAAUUUUGUUGGUGCUAACCUCAUCGAGACGUACCUGGGCAUGAGCACGUACCACGUGUCGUCGGCGGGGCUGCCGUGGUGGCGCGUGUUCAGUGCGCUCGAACUAGCGCGGGACUCGCUGCCGCUUGAUGACUACUCGGUCGCGCAGACAACACUCGAGCAAGUUUUCCUCGCAUUUACAAAGCUCCAACGUCCUAUAAAUUAAUAAUAUACUAAAAUAACAUUUUGAUAGUUACCAGUAUUUUUUUGAAUAUUUUAUAUAAAACCAAAUUUAUACCUUUAUUUAUUAAGUCCAUAUUACUUGUGUAUGUGGUGUACCUUGUGCAAUUCAAUCAAGUCUCCGACCUAGGCACUGUUUUAACAAUUCUAGAUAUAAGCUAUUGACUUAAAGUUUGUGGAUCAUUUACAAAAGUACAUAAAUAUUGACUGCACUUCUGAACGUUAAAAACGUUGUGCUGUAGUUGCUUCGAAUCGUAAAAUGUUUUAUUAUAAGUCUUAAAUCCUUGCUUCGAUAUUUUUAUUACACGAAAGAAAAAUAUUCGACAUUUUAGUGUAGAUAAAUUUGGCCACAUCUAGAAUGUACAGCGAAGCAUUCCAAUUCAGCCUCAUAAGGUGAGGGGCUACAUAUUUAUAAUAUAAUAUAGAUGAGCUCAGAUGACCAAUUUACAUACGGAAGGGUCGUGAGUUCAUUUGCCCAGCUCAGAAAGAAAGACGAAGAAGGAGAUUAUUGACAAUGACUUCGAUUUGUUCCAGAAACAUUAAUAAUUAUGUACUUUUAUUAAUAACAUCCACUGUACCUGUAUCCAUUGUAACUAUGUAUACCUCUUUUUCGAUGUGAUUUUAUACUAUUUAUGAUACUUCGACUAAGAGAAUACUUAAACACGCUUAUCUUACAAUCUCAUAGGGAAUGUUAAUAAAAUAAUUGAAUUUACUAUUGCAUUUAUGUUACUUGGUAAUUCAUUAAGCUUAAGCUAGGGGCGUGCAAGUAUUACCUAAGCAGGCUUAGACGACGGUAUGACGUCGGUUCGCGCGAAGUUGGAUAGCCCUUAAGGCUUCGUCAAACAGAACGCGUACUUAGCGCGCGUUAUAGCGCUAAACUGACGGCGCGCUAUGACGCCGAGAUGUGUUGUACUACUGUAGUAACGUACUGUCAAACAGAGCCCCAGCGCUAGCGGUACGCAACGCUCUGUCGCGCGGCUUUAGGACGCUUUGAUGUCAGGCGUUGUAAUUUUUUACAAAUUUCAUUUUAGCGUCCGAUUGAAUGUGUAUUAAAAUACUGGAUAAUGCCCAAAAAAUUGAUAGAAUUAGUUAGAAAAUACUCAUGCUUAUACAAUGCCACAUCUGAAUCACUCGACAUCUUAAUACUUUUAAAUUUACACACUGCUAUCGAAAGGCACUAUGAUUUGGCGAAUGCGUUGCGUCAAGAAGCGUUGGACUCAUCUAGUCAAUGUAUGUGACAUGAAAAAAGCGCGAUGUUAAAUAAAACGCAGCGCUAAGUACGCGUUCUGUUUGACGAAGCCUUUAGAUUACCAACGAUUAAGUAUGAAAAAAAAAAAGGUAUGACUUACUUUCUUAUCUUUGCUGGCAAAAGAACCGAAGGGUAAAUUAUAAAUAUUACCUAUAAAAUAGUGACAUUCAUAAAAUAGGGGAUUGUUUUUUCAAAACGUUAUUUAUUUUUAAAUAUAUAAAUAAAUUAUUGUUGCAUAUUUCUUUUCUUCUAUUUACUAUUAGGAAUAAAUCAAUUCAGUAGACUGACAUAUAAAUACUAUAAUUAUACAUUACUUAGUAUAAUCAAUUUACAUUAACCAAAGUAGAAUUCGACAUAGAACUCUGGUUGGACUACGACUUGAAAUCAAAUAAAUAUAAUGCCCAUUUUUAUAGCACUAUAUAUAUGUAUAGACCGAAACAAAUAAUACAUUUGAUCAAUCGGGGAGAGUAUUAGUCAUGAUUUUCUUUUUUCGCUGGUAGAGUAAGUGUUGUUUACUUAAAAUGAUGUAUAGUUAGCCCUAUGUAAUACUUGAACGUCCGCGAUUAAAAAUGCACUUGACAUUUUUGUACACUCAUAAAAGUUUUGUCAUGUUUAUUAAUAUUCGUCCGUUCCUAAUAAAUCGAUACUUAUUAUAUAAACUCUGUACUUAAUAUUGAAUUUUUGUAAGGUGAACCCGGGGUAGUCGUUCAGUCUUUAAGAGAUAACCAUUAACAAAAAAAUAGUUGAUAUAAAAUAAUCAUAUUUUACGCUGUUAGUAUGAUUCGAAUAUGUUUUUGUAAAUGUACUUAAGGUUAAAGAAAGUGACAAGCGUCAUCGAUAAUGAUCCGAAUAUAUGUAGAUUGAUCGCUCAAAUCAAAAUAGUUAAAAUGUAGAUAAUAAAUACAAGUUCAGUUUGAAUAUAACCGUAAAUAAAAAUACGAUAAAUAAUUUUCAAACGUUCCUCGUUUGGUAAUAAAAACUACAGGAUAUUAGCAAGUACGAAUCCUGAUACUAUUAUUUGAAAAAUAUGCGACUGAAAGUUUCCAGACAUUGAAACGCAUCAUGUUUAGAUCUAAACGUAGUGACUUACGACACUCUGAUUAUUAACCGCUUUGUAUGUGGCCAGCAAAUGGCUGUGAAGUUCUAAUGACCUUUUUAAAAGUAAUUUAAAUUUUAUUACUAUUUAUUACGCUUUAUGAUUACCUAAGUGUUUUUAAAUCACCUAUACGACUCACGGGAAACGGAAAAAACAAAAAUUAACAUUCGUCUAUGAGUGAAUUAUCAAUUCAUCGAAAUUGUGUUUGGCUUCAAUAUUUUGAUACGAGUACUGUUCGUACUAAACUGUGAGACUCAAAAGGGGUACCAAUAAAUGGGUGUAACUUGAUUAAUUAUUGACUUGAUCUUACAUUAUGAGGCGGUUCGACAUUUAAUAACGUAACUUAAAUUUAGUCUUAUUAUCAUAUUAUAUUAUUUGAUAAGAUAUUUCGUUGACCUAGUUAUUUUUUCUCCUACCUACGCCGAAAGUUCGGUUUUCCUCCCGCUGUACAGGGAAGAAAGUGUAACUUUUCCUCCCUGGGUACUGACUAGUGCGCAUGCGCGUUAGUGUCUACGUCUGCUCUCACGCACUUAAAAUUCUCCGCCAUUGUUGUGCUCGAGUAAUUUGCAAUAUUGUGUUUAGUGUAAAAGUGAAAUAAACAAAAGGCAAUAAAAUUUAAUAGUGAAGUAUUAAACAAAGAUGAGUUCAUCAGAAAGUUCUUAUUCAAUUAGUAAUAGUUUAUUUAGAAAUUAAAAGACAGUUAAAUUGUUUUUUUAUGAGUAUGUGGGGUCCCCCCCCCCCCAACCCCAGCCGGGCUUCGCCCCUGGAUCCAGAAAAAAAAAGAAAGAAAAAAAAAAAAAGUAGGACAUCUCAUCCCGCGUGUUUACCAAUUUUACACGCGGAAGGAAAUGUCCUACUUUUCUCCCUUGGUGCACAAUGUUCUAUUUUAACAAAAAAUUGCAUAGCUUUUCACCAUUAAAUGGUUUAAUUUAAACUUAUUUAAAUACAGCAGACUCCAGUGGUGUGCGAAGGAACACUCAUAAAAUAGCAGUGCCGCCUCCUAUCCUCUUCCUACUGAACUUCCUCAGUUCCUACUCUUGUGACGCAAGCAAAUCAAUUGUAUCCCGCGUUUUACGGGAGUCUGCUGUGAUUACGCGAAUGUGAUUUUAUUUAUAGUUUUUAGUAACGCGUACUUUAUUGCUUUGUGAAUGCCCUUUCUAGUUCUUUGAGGCUAUGUUUGCUUGUAAUGUCAAAAAAUUUAUGUUAAAUAAUAUAUUUACGCUAGUGUUUAUCUUUGUAAAUGAGUUACCUCACGUAUCGUUAUAUACGUGAGGUAACUAAGCAGUCCGUUAUUUUUUGUAGUUCCACUUAAUCAGUUGAUUUUGUUUAAAAGCUGCUUUAAUAAUCUCCUUAUAAAACAAUACUCAAUAAAGUUUGAAUCACAAUUGUGCCUAUUUUCCAACGUAGACAUUAUUCGUAUUCUAGUUCGUAAGAUAAAUGAAUUAUUUUAUUUACUUAAAUUAAUAUAUUCAUGUAAAUUUUACAAAAAUAAAAAUUAAGACUUUGUUCUAAAA